GGAGUGUGAAUUUAUAAUAGUAUAUGAGUUGAAACUUCAGACUUUAAUCUGUAUUUAAGGUCAAGGACAUUGUUUGUUCUAUCUAUAUAUGAGAAAUAGUUGAAUCAGAUCUCUAGCAAACAAAGCAUUUAAGUAACUCCAGUUUCAAUGAUGAUCCUUUUGGUCUGGAUCAUUGCUCUCUUGGGCUUUCUCAAAGUUGCUGCUUCAUUGUUGCGUCGCGGUCAAGAGAGACGUGAUGGGGCGGGUCUUAUUCCUGAGGUUGAGUUGAAGGGUGUAGCAGAAAGGGAAAUGCCAAACAAUACUCCUCAAUUAAAGUAUGAUGUUUUUGUAAGCUUUAGGGGCGAGGAUAUCCGCCACAGCUUUCUUAGCCAUUUGGUUAAGGCUUUUCCUCGAAAGCAAAUAAAUGCCUUUGUUGAUGACGCACUUACGAGGGGAGAUGACAUAUCACAUUCACUUUUUGAAGCAAUUGAAGGAUCUCCCAUUUCAUUGGUCAUAUUCUCAAAAAACUAUGCUUCUUCACAUUGGUGUUUAGAUGAGCUUGUGAAAAUAAUCGAGUGCAAAGAGAAAUAUGGACAGAUUGUAUUACCUAUUUUCUACGGAGUAAAACCCACAAAUGUACGACAUCAAAAGAAGAGUUAUGAAAAUGCAUUUUCUAAACUUGAAAAAAUGCAUAAUUCGUCUCAGGUGCAGAUAUGGAGAGACGCUUUGAAAAUAUCUUGUAAUUCGUCUGGAAUUACAUCAUCAAGUUUUCCGAAUGAUGCCGUGCUGGUGGAAGAAAUCACCAAGGUUGUGUUGAUGAGGUUGAGUGAGCUGAAGAAUUCACCGGUUAACUCAAAAGAACUUGUUGGAAUUGACAAACCAAUUGCGGAUUUGAAUUCAUUGUUAAAGAAAGAGUCAGAACAGGUCCGUGUUAUUGGAAUUUGGGGCAUGGGCGGUAUUGGCAAGACAACUAUUGCAGAAGAAAUAUUUAGCCAAAAUCGUUCCGAUUAUGAUGGUUGUUGUUUCUUGGAAAAGGUCAGUGAAAGGUUAAAAACACCUGGUGGAGUUGGAUGUUUAAAGGAAAGCCUUUUAUCUGAACUAUUGAAAGAGUCUGUGAAAGAAUUGUCCGGUGAUAUAAAGAGACGGAUUAGCCGCAUGAAGGUUCUUAUCGUUCUUGAUGAUGUCAAGGAGACAGAUCAGCUCGAGAUGUUAUUUGGAACUCUUGAUUGGUUUCAAUCUGAUAGUAGAAUAAUUCUAACAUCCAGAGAUAAGCAAGUACUAAGGAAUAAUGAAGUUGAAGAUGAUGAUAUAUAUGAGGUUGGGGUAUUGGAUUCUAGUGAAGCACUUGUGCUUUUCAAUUCGAAUGCCUUUAAACAAAGUCAUCUUGAAAUGGAGUACUAUGAGCUAUCAAAGAGUGUGGUCAAUUAUGCCAAAGGGAUUCCGUUAGUUCUUAAGGUUUUAGCUCAUAUGCUUCGUGGAAAAAAGAAAGAAGUAUGGGAAAGUCAGCUAGACAAACUUAGAAGACUGCCAGUUCAAAAAGUUUAUGAUGCAAUGAGACUCAGUUAUGAUGAUCUUGAUCGUUUAGAGCAAAAGUAUUUUUUAGAUAUUGCAUGUUUCUUCAAUGGGUUGGAUUUGAAAGUGGAUUACAUGAAACAUUUAUUGAAAGAUUGUGAUAGUGAUAAUUACGUGGCUGGUGGGUUAGAAACGUUGAAAGAUAAAGCUCUUAUAACUAUUUCUGAAGAUAAUGUUAUAUCUAUGCAUGACAUUCUUCAAGAAAUGGGUUGGGAGAUUGUUCGGCAAGAAUCUAGUGACCUUGGAAAACGCAGUCGAUUAUGGAAUCCUGAUGAAAUUUAUGAUGUAUUGAAAAAUGACAAGGGUACCAAUGCUAUUAGAAGCAUAAGUUUGCCAACAAUGAGGGAGCUGAAGUUAAGCCGUCAUGUAUUUGAUAAGAUGACCAACCUGCGGUUUUUGUAUUUUGGUGGUAUAGAAGGUUUUGAUUGUUUUCCUCAAGGGCUUCAAUCUUUUCCACUUGGUAUAAAAUAUCUUCAUUGGACAUACUGCCCUCUAAAAUCAUUCCCAGAGAAGUUUUCUGCAAAGAAUCUUGUUAUAUUGGACUUGUCAGAUAGUCUAGUGGAAAAGCUUUGGUGUGGAGUGCAGCAGGAUCUAAUUAAUUUAAAAGAAGUUAGACUCUCUUAUUCAAUGUUAUUAAAGGAGUUACCAGACUUUUCAAAAGCCAUAAAUCUUAAGGUAUUAAAUAUCUCAAGUUGUUAUCAGCUGAAAAGCGUCCAUCCAUCUAUUUUAUCUCUUAACAGGCUUGAGCAAUUGGGUCUAUCGUGGUGUCCCAUCAAUGCACUGCCAUCAUCUUUUGGAUGUCAAAGAAAGCUAGAAAUACUGGUUUUAAGAUACAGUGAUAUUGAGAUCAUACCUUCAAGCAUCAAGAAUCUUACAAGACUAAGAAAACUAGACAUACGAGGUUGCUUGAAGCUUGUGGCUUUACCCGAGCUUCCUUCAUCAGUUGAAACUCUACUUGUUAAAGAUUCUUUUUCACUGAAGACUGUAUUGUUCCCUUCAACAGUUGCUGAACAAUUCAAGGAAAACAAGAAAAGUGUUGAGUUCUGGAAUUGCGAGAACUUGGAUGAAAGUUCUCUCAUAAAUGUUGGGUUGAAUGUUCAAAUCAAUUUAAUGAAGUAUGCUAACUUUGGUUCUGAUGAAGCAAUGUAUGUGUAUCCUGGAAGUAGUAUUCCAGAGUGGUUGGAGUACAAGACAACAAAGGAUGAUAUGAUUAUUGAUCUCUCUCAGCCUCGUCUCUCACCUUUAUUGGGCUUUGUCUUUUGCAUUGUUUUUCCUAAGUGUUUACUAAAUUUCAGCAAAUUUAUAUUGAAAAUCACUACAAUUGAGGGUGACAAUGAAAAGGAUGGUGUCGAUAUCAACUUGCGUAGUAUGCCAUUGGAUAUUUAUUUAGAUCAUGUAUGCAUGAUACAGGACCAACGAUGUUCUGGGUACCUAACUAGAAUAGCAAAAAAUCAGACAAGCUUUAAAAUCAAGGUUACAGCAAUGUCAGGAUUCAUCAAGGUGAAGUUAAAAGGGUUUGGCAUGAGCCCCAUAAACCAGUCAACAUAUCAAAACCUCAUUCAACAAAUGGAAUACGAAUGUGCUUAAGGUGAAAGGAACAAAGGAAAUAAAAGAAAAAGAAAUUUGAGGCGAGAAAAGCCUUAAAUGGUGCUGCCUUCCUUCGAUUGUUAGGAGCAGUUUUUUGUUUUCUUUCGUGUCAUUUUUAACUUUUCUGUAGUGUUGUUUUUUUUUUUUUGGUUAAGUAGGCUAGUGGCUAGAGCUUACACAAUAUAAUUGUGGAGAAGUGGAGUAUCCGGGGUUCGAACCCCAGCUCCUGCAUAUAAUAUGCAAUAUCCCUACCAACUAAGCUAAGCUCACGGGAUUCUAUAAUGUUGUUUAUUGUGUUGAAAUAAUAAAAUAUUAUGGUUAAGAGUGUAUGAAUGAAUGAGCCCAUAUUUGAUUUA